UGUGGCAUUAACAAAUACGACGGCGUUUGAGUGAGACUGGAGAGUAGAGAGAGAGAGAGUCCAUGUCCUUGGUUCACCGCCGGUUGAAUCGUUUUGGAUUAUCCUCUGUUAGCGCUUGGAAUGUUCAGAUACGAGAAGCAGUCAACCGAAAUGAUCCGGCGGAAUCACUUCUUCUAUUCCGAGAAAUGAAGCGCCAAGGGUUCGAACCCAGCAACUUGACCUUCCCAUUUGUGGCCAAAGCGUGCGCUAAGCUCGCUGACAUCGCCUACUCUAAGAUGGUUCAUACCCAUGUUAUAAAGUCUACGUUUUGGUCUGACGUGUUCGUUGGGACCGCGACGGUCGAUAUGUUCGUGAAAUGUAAUCGUUUGGAUUAUGCAUGCAAGGUGUUCGACGAAAUGCCUGAGAGAGACGCCACCACUUGGAACGCGAUGCUCUCUGGUUUUUGUCAACCAGGUUAUACAGAUAAGGCGUUUUCUCUGUUUCGUGAGAUGAGACUCGGCGAGAUCUCACCUGAUUCAGUGACCGUCAUGACCUUGAUUCAAUCCGCUUCGUUUGAGAAAAGCUUGAAGCUUUUGAAGGCUGUGCAUGGGUUUGGGAUACGUUUAGGCGUAGAUGUACAAGUUACAGUUGCUAAUACUUGGGUUUCUAGUUACUCCAAAUGUAAUGAUUUGGAGUCAGCAAAGUUAGUGUUCCAAGGUAUUGACAGAAGUGACAGAACUGUCGUGUCUUGGAACUCAAUGUUCAAGGCGUGUGCUGUUUUUGGUGAAGCGUUUCAUGCGUUUGGUCUUUACCGGUUGAUGCUGCGUGAAGAAUUUAAACCGGAUUUGAGCACAUUUAUUAAUUUAGCAGCAUCGUGUCAGAGCCCGGAGACACUAAUACAAGGAAGAUUGAUUCAUUCUCAGGCAAUCCGCAUUGGUACAGAUCAAGACACAGAAGCGAUCAAUACCUUAAUUUCAAUGUAUUCGAAAUCAGGAGAUAUCAGCUCAGCGAGGCUUUUGUUUGACGUCAUGUCUUCCAGAACAUGUGUUUCUUGGACUGUGAUGAUAAGUGGGUAUACUGAGAAAGGCGACAUGGAUGAAGCUUUGGCCUUGUUUCGUGCCAUGAAAAAAACAGAAGUGAGUCCAGAUCUAGUUACUUUACUCUCCCUCAUUUCAGGUUGUGGAAAAUUCGGUUCGCUAGAGAUUGGAAGAUGGGUAGAUGCUAGAGCAGAUACUUACGGGUUCAAGAGAGACAACGUCAUGGUCUGCAAUGCGCUUAUUGAUAUGUACUCAAAAUGUGGAAGUGUAACCGAAGCUCGUGACAUCUUCGAUAACAUGUCUGAAAAAACUGUCGUCACAUGGACUACAAUGAUAGCUGGAUAUGCAUUGAACGGAGUCUUCCUCAAAGCUUUAGAACUUUUCAAAACUAUGAUAGAUUUGGAUUAUAAACCAAACCACAUAACGUUACUUGCCGUUCUCCAAGCUUGUGCUCAUUCAGGCUCUCUAGAGAAAGGGUGGGAGUGUUUCCUCACCAUGAAAGAAGUAUACAACAUCAAUCCUGGACUAGAGCAUUACUCUUGUAUGGUAGAUCUUCUCGGAAGAAAGGGAAAGCUUGAAGAAGCAUUAGAACUCAUCCGUAGCAUGUCGUGUAAACCCGAUGCAGGCAUAUGGGGUGCACUGCUUAGUGCUUGCAAGAUCCACCGUAACGUGAAGGUGGCUGAGCAAGUGGCUGAGUGUCUUUUUAACUUGGAACCGGAAACGGCUGCGCCGUAUGUAGAAAUGGCGAAUAUAUAUGCAGCUGCUGGUAUGUGGGAUGGCUUUGCUAGGAUUAGAUCGAUGAUGAAAGUCAGGAAUGUAAAGAAGUAUCCAGGUGAAAGUGUGAUUCAGGUGGACGGGAAGAGUCAUACAUUCACUGUGGGAGAACGUGACCAUGCAGAGCAUGAAACCAUAUACCAUGUUUUGGAUGGUUUGAGCCUGUUCGCGAGAGAGAAGCAUACAUUGCAUAAAGAAACGUACGUUACACCAUUAGUAACAUGUAUAACCACAAACACAUUACAUGGAGAGAAAUGAAAUGCAUUGGAAGUUUGAUUCUUUGAACUUACCUCUGACUAGCUGAGUUAUAAGUGAGUGGACAUAAGAUUCUAUUAGUGGCCUGCUAUACAUAAGCUGACAAUAGAGAUUAGACGUGAAUUUAGU